AUGGUGGUUACGCGACGCGGCUCAUUGGAAAUCAAUGAGAAAUUUAUUAAUCGCAUUUUCGGUGUGCGGCAUCUACAGUGUCUGCUGCUCUUCUGCGGUUUGUGCUUGAUUUACGGCAUGCGCGUUAAUCUCUCUAUGGCCAUUGUGGCUAUAAUGGACAACGAGGCAGCGAAUCCGGAAUUUCCAAAAUACGCCUGGUCCGAGAAAACAAAAUCGCAUGUGCUAAGCAGCUUUUUCUUCGGCUACAUUUGUGCACAAAUACCAGCCGGUGGUUGGGCACGUCACCAUGGCGGACGUUUGCUGUUGUUCAUUAGUGUUAGCCUUAGUAGUCUAUUGGCGUUGUUAACACCGUUAAGUGUUGUCGUUGGCGAUUGGCCUUUACUCUGCGCCUUGCGUUUCAGUCAGGGUUUAGUUCAAGGCCUUACAUAUCCGUCAAUUGCAACGAUUAUGGCCAAGUGGGCGCCUAUCGAGGAGCGUAGCGCAAUGCUCACAUACUGUUGCUCCGGCCUGGAGUUUGGCAUCGUACUGAUGUUGGCCAGUAGCGGCAUGCUCUGCUCGUCCAGUUGGGGUUGGCCGAGUACUUUUUAUAUACCUGGCGCCUUAGGAUUAAUAUGGUCAGCUGUUUGGUUUGUUUUUGGCGCGAGUACGCCAAAAGAAUGUAAAUAUAUAUCUGAAGGCGAACGUAUGCUUAUUAGUAAAUCUUUGCAACAAACUGGGACAAACAUUGCUGAAUGUAAGGAAACUCAACCAAUACCAUGGCGUCAGAUAUGCACUUCGCGUCCCUUUUUGGUGCUGAUUCUCAGUCAAUGUGCGAGUAGUUGGUGCUUUUGGACUUUACUCACGCAAAUACCUUCGUACAUAAAGAGCGUGCUCGGCAAAGAUAUACAAAGUAAUGCAUUUUAUUCGGCAUUACCCUACCUCUCAAUGCUGGUGCUGUCACUGGCGCUCUGUCCCCUCGCAAGUUAUUUAGAGAAGUCGAAACGUUUGAAUGCGACUGUUAGUCGUAAGCUCUUCAAUACAAUCGGGCAGUGGACGCCUGCGGUGACGCUCGUCUAUUUGGGUUUUCUACGCACCGAUCAAGCCGAUCUCGCCAUCGUGCUACUCACUUUCACAGUCGCCAUUAGCACUGUUACGCAUUUCGGUUAUCAAACAAAUCAUCUCGACUUAUCGCCACACUUUUCCGGCACUCUAAUGGGCAUUGCGAACUCAGCGUCGAAUGUGAUGAGCAUUAUUGCGCCGCUCAUUGUGGGCUACAUCGUCACAGAUACGACAAAUUUACUCCAAUGGCGUAUUAUUUUCUCUUUGGCCGGAGGCAUAAGCUUUGUCGGUAAUCUAUUGUUUCUCUUCUUCGGCACUGCUAAGGCGCAGCACUGGAACGACGCACCCCAGCAAGUGAUUUGCAAAACGACGCAGCAACGUAACAGCGAACUCUCAUUGGAGACGAAAAAUGCGCAAAGUUGUGUGCAAAAAGAUGCCAGCAGCAUUGGGAGCUCUCGUGAAACCUUGAAUUUAGUGUAAUAUAUUUUUUGCUUCAUUUUUUAUACGCUCAAGCAUAGAGAUUUGUAUUUUUAAAUAUGCAAAAGUGUAAAUAUAUUUGUAUUUAUGUAUAUAUAUUUUUUCAUAAUAAGAAUUAAGUAAACAGAAAAUGAGUAAAGCCAAAACAAAUCUGUGAGAACAAAUUGAA